AUGGCAAUCUCAAGAUUCUUCAAGGACGUCCUGAUCGACGACCAGGACAGGUCAUGGACAACCCUCGCAAAGGCGGUCGUCGCUGAGUAUGCCGUCACGACCAUGUUCCUUUUCUUCACCAUCGGCACCGUGUCAUCCAACUGCCACACGCUUGACAAUGCAAGCCGCUCGGGGGCCGACAAGAGCCUCGAUUCAGCGGGCUUCGGCACUUGCUUCCUAGGGACGAGCAACGUGCUCAACAUUGCAAUCGCUUUCGGCUUCAGCAUCUUCGUCUUGGUGUACUGCGCCGCCUCGUUUUCUGGAGGCCACAUCAACCCUGCCGUGACCUUCGGCAUGUUCGUUGCCAGGAAGAUCUCCGUGCUGAGGGCGGUCCUGUACAUGGUUGCCCAGUGCUUAGGCGCGUGCACAGGAGCCGGCCUUGUCAGGGCGAUCGACGACGACGGCUGGCGCGCAGCGGGCGGGGGCGCCAACGCGUUGAGCCCCGGCUUUGGUGAAGCGGCGGGGUGGGGCCUGGAGACCAUCCUGACGAUGGCCCUCGUCUUUACCGUCUUCGCAGCCACCGACUCGGAGCGCGCCACCGACACCGCCCAUCUGCCGGUUUUGGCGCCCUUUGCAAUCGGCAUGGUGGUCUUCCUGUGCCACCUGGUCGCCAUCCCCCUCGACGGCUGCAGCAUCAACCCAGCGCGGUCCUUUGGAGCGGCCGCGGUCUCUGGCAGCUGGGACAACCAGUGGGUCUUCUGGGUGGGCCCCCUGUCGGGCGCUGUCCUCGCAGCCGCCAUCUACGAGCUCAUCUUCCGCACCAAGGCCCACAAGGCGGUGGCACACCCCUCAGAGUUUGAUGUGGAGCGUGGAGUGAAGCUGCCGGAAGUCAGCGCGCAACUGCCAGCCUUUAGUGGAGUGGAGGGUCUCCGUGAGACCAGGAAUGGCCAAGGCUCCACUUGA